AUGGAUACGGGAAAAAUAUUUUUGCCCCCCAACAUAGCUCUGCCGUGUAAGUUAAAAUGGGCUGUAGAUAACAACUCCAUAGUUAGCUCGAAUCAAAUAAUUGCGUUUGUCAUUGAGACAGGGCAGGACCGCAUUGACGCGGAGCGAACGGGAGAAUCGCACACGGAGAGAAGACCCCUCAUAGGGGAGUGGCCUACAGAGGAAGGCUCUUCCCAGCGGAGGAACUUCCAUUUGGGAAGCGGCGAAACGGAGGUUACAUCCUAUGGAAAAUCAAAAAACGGAGAAGAAGGAGAAGAAGAAGGGACAACCCGCUUAGCUAGUCAAAAUGGUAACAGCUGCGAAAUACGCAGCAGUUUAGGAGAUCAUUACACUGAGAAUCUUCAAAGAAGGGAAGCAGCCGAUGGUGUAGACAAGGAUGUAAUUGAUGAUGUGGCUAGCCAAGGUACCUUUCCAAACAGGGAAACAAGCACAGACACGAGAGACAACCGAGACGUAGGAAAUAAUAACUCGGAGGAGAGAAGAAACGAAUCGAUAAAUGAAAAAAAUAACUUCAUUAAUUUAAUUCUAAACAAUAAAAACAACUGUGAUAUUAAAAAAAACAGCUAUGUUACCUUGCGAAGUAGCAAUCAUGGCAGAAUCCGCAUAAUAAAACAGAACCCAAUUUUGGAAAAGGACGAAUAUAUCCACAUUAACUGUCCGAAUGAAUUGUUAUGCGAAAUUAGUGAUGAAAGGUGCAACCACGAAGUCAUUUUUUCGGGAUUAUGUACCAACUGCUUCUUAAACCAGGAGGAGAUUAACAAAAAUAAAAAAGAACAGAAAUAUUUUUUGUCUCCUGGGUUUUUAACCAACGAGAAGGAGUUGUACAUAAACACCGAUAAGGUGAUCGAUUUGGAGAAGGAACGAAUUAGUAAUAUCAUUAAGAAUAGAAAAUUGUGCCUUGUGCUCGACCUGGACAACACCUUGCUGCAUGCAUCUUUUUUUGUUAUCUCCAUAAAUAUGAACAGCGAUGUGAUAAACAUUACGACAGAUAUUGACGAGGAGUUGGAGGGCGAACUGGGUGAUGCCACGAUUUCCCCCCACCGCGUAACCGAUUUCCCAUUCGAGGAAAACUGCGACUCGUUGGAGGGCGGCGCGACGAACAGCAAGAAGGAGGAUAACGUGGAGGUAGAGGAGGCCCUCCCCCGCGGCGUCCAGGAGUUCGAUGCAGGUGGAGGCGCAGAUGGCGACGGCGAUGGCGAUGACGACGGUGAUGGUCACGGUGAUGGCGAUGUCGAUUGUGAUGUCGAUUGCAACGGCGAUGGCGAGGUCAGUUGCGAUGGCGACGGCACGUUGUGCCCCGAAAUGAACCAAGAAGAAAUGUACUCCAUUUUCUGCCAAAAAAAAAACAACGGAAUGGAUCACAUGAACAAAUAUCAGGACAUAAAAUCAAGCUAUGAAAAUUAUUGCGAUUUUUUGGCCAAAAUGAAUACCAUAAAUUUGUUAAAACAUAAUGGAAAAUUUAUACAUUAUGAAAAUUUGAAGGACAAAAAUAAAUAAAUGAAUAAAAAAUAUGAAAUAUAUUUGUACACUAUGGGGACUUUGGAGCAUGCCAAAUCUUGUCUGUUAUUGUUGGAUCCCCUUAAAAAAUUUUUUGGGAACAGAGUUUUCUCGAGAAAAGACAGCGUCAAUGGGUUGAAACACCUGAAUCGAAUAUUACCGACUUAUCGCAGUGUCUCCUUGUGUAUUGAUGACAGUGACUACAUGUGGAAGGAAAGCAGUUCGUGCAUUAAAGUACAUGGGUAUAACUACUUCCCCGAGAUUAACUUUUUAGAGGAUAUUAAAAGGAAGCCCUACUUUUUAACCAAAUUUUUUGCUAUGGCACAGUCCUACUUGAACUUCUCCUCCAACCUUUACGGAUUUAUUAAUUUUAAAUGCAGUGAAUAUGAAAGGAUGAGGAUUCAUCGUUUUAAAAGCGUGUUGUACAGCGAGUGCACAAGUUGGGGCGUCCCUUACAACGGCUCGAUGGCGCUGGGUGGUGCGUACCGGAUGGUCGAUCAGGGAUGCGCACAGGAGGGGGAGGAUGACCUCUGCGAAGGGGAGGAAUCAGGGGUACCCACUGGAGUAGCCGCUGGGGUAGCCGCUGGAGUAGCCGAUGAGGUAGCCGCUGGAAUAUCCUCCGGGGUAGCCUCGAGAUCUUCGCGUGGUGACUCCUCGCAGGUGGGUGGAUACCAUUUCGAGGCGGAAAGCACCUCAGUGAAGGGAGACAGGGAAGACGCCUUAGCUGUACGAAUAGGAAAUCCCCUUAGUGGAAAAAACGGAGACAGAAGCAAUGACAACGAAUUGGAGGAGUCCUUCGAGGACAGCUUCAUCGAUUUAGACAAAGAGUUCGAAACGGACAGCGAAGAGGGUGACAUAAGUGUGAUGGAUCCCGAGGUGGACAAUAACUCAUGCGACCUAAAUUUACAAAACGGAAUGGAAUUUUUUGAUGACAAACACAAUUAUCCCAAGGGGAAAGAAGCACCGCUGCAGCAUUUUAGUGGAGAGCACGUCGAAAGUAAUUUCAUCAUAGGAACGCAAAAUGGAGUUGUUAAGAAGGACCAUCUUCCGAAUUUUUAUCCAAAUGAUGGUACGUAUGAUCGUAUGAACAACCCAAAUGUAUUCUACAUGGAAAAUCUGACUGCGGAAAAUGUAAAUAAAAAUUACCCUCCACAUAGUGACAAUAAUUUUUUUGUAAAUGCAGACGGUGUGAAAGGAACAACCCCCACCAGUAGUGACCCCCUGAAUGAUAGAAGCUGUGCAGCUGAUUUGUUCCAAUCGAGAGUUCCGUACCUUGCUCGAGAGGAGCACAACCCGAUGGAUGCGCAAUUUGAGACCCCAGACCACUGCGAAGAUAAAAUGAAUAGAACAAAUAACAACAUCAACAGCUGUACAUCCGAAAGGUUCAUUCCUUUUGAGGACGAAAUUAUUUACAAGUUCAUUUCAGAGAGGAACUUUAGGAAGUACGAUAACUAUGUGGUGGGGUUCCUGCGCAGUUAUUUCGAGGGGGGGAGGCUGACCCGAGGGGGUGAAGCGGAAGAGGAGGGGGUAGCCGAUGGGGAUGCCAGUGUGGAUCCUAACGUUGGUGCUGAGGCAGAUGCUGAGGUAGAUGCUGAGGUAGAUGAUGAGAUAGAUGCUGAGGUAGAUAAUGAGAUAGAUGCUGAGGUAGAUGCCGAGAUAGAUGCUGACGUGGGUGACGAUGAGGACCGCCCAGCGGGUGGCGGGGAAACGGGCCGAGAAAGCAAAGGCGACGCGGAAAUUAAGAAGGAAAGGGAGGAUCAUCAACUCGAUCGGGGGGACCAUCUUUCCCGGGGGAGUCAGCACAUCGGGGAGGCCUCCUCUACACAGGACAGUGUAAAAAGAGUAGAAAAAAAUAAAAAACGAAAGGAUAGCAAUCAGAACAUUGGCAAAAACGGAGCAUCAAAUAAAAGUGAAUACUACGAAAGCUUUUGUAUACCCAAGAAUUUCAACGAAGGAAAUUUUAAAGAUAAUGAUAAGCAGCUACAUUAUUUGACAGCUAUACUGGAUGAAAUACAUCACAUUUUUUAUGAAAUUUUUGAGCAUUUUAAAAUACAUAAAACGAAUGAAAGGAAUGAAGAGGAUCAGAUAUACAAUUACUUUUUGCGUUACCCGAUAGUUAGGACGAUAUUGAUUGAAUUCCGCAGGAACGUUUUGAAGGAUUGCAUCUUCAACGUUUCGCAACUGUCCGAUGAGAUACGGAGGAGCGAUUUUAUGGAUCACAUUUUGAAGUUAGGCGGAAGCAUAAACAAUGACAACUACACGCAUAUUUUAACAGUAAACAAUUUGAUAAAAAAUGAGAAUUGGGAAGAUGCCAAGGUUACAAAUUUGAUGUGGAUUGAACGAGCCUUGUACACUUGGACGAAGGUCGACACGAAGCAUUACGACAUGAGCUCGUGGGACAAAACACACAGAAACUUCUGGGACGUCAUUGAAUAUGAAGAAAAAAAGAAGAAAAAAAUGAACUGA